AAUUUUCAACUUCACUAUAAACUAAAUAACUCUCUCUUUUAGAGUUUUUUUUUUUUUUCUCCUUGUGGAUUCAAGGUACCCUUCCUAACUGAAAACAUAGAUUUUCUUCUAAUUUAUGCUUUCGUGCUGCAUCAAGAACCCCACAGAAACCUUAUCUUAGCUGCUCUUCUUCUAUCACAAGCACAACUACCAUUUGCCCAACAAUAAUUAAGAUUUAAUUCGGAGCCUAAACACAUAUAAAUAGCCAACCCCUUAAUCAACCAUAUCAAAGUGUCACGUUAUUAGAGACUCCAAGACCAAGAGUGUCUGUUUUCAUUACACAGAGAUGGAGACUAGUGUGACCAGAGGCCAAGCUGAUUUUGACCCAAGUGCUCCUCCACCAUUUAAGAUUGCUGAGAUCAGGGAUGCAAUUCCCAAACAUUGUUGGGUUAAAAAUCCAUGGAGGUCUUUGAGUUAUGCUGUUAGGGAUAUUUUUGUCAUUUUGGCACUGGCAGCCAUAGCCAAAUACUCAAGCACUUGGUAUGUUUGGCCAUUCUAUUGGGCUGCCCAAGGCACCAUGUUUUGGGCUGUAUUUGUUAUUGGACAUGAUUGUGGCCAUGGAAGCUUCUCAGACUCUCGCUGGCUCAAUAGUUUUGUGGGGCAUAUUUUGCAUUCUGCAAUUCUUGUUCCUUUUCAUGGCUGGAGAAUCAGCCAUAAAACACACCAUCAGAACCAUGGACAUGUUGAGAAUGAUGAGUCUUGGGUUCCAAUGACAGAGUCUUUGUACAAAAGCUUGCCUAGCAGCACCAAAACGCUGAGAUUCACAGUGCCUUUUCCAUUCUUUUCUUUCCCUCUCUAUCUGUGGUAUAGAACUCCUGGUAAAGAAGGCACUCACUUCCAUCCUAGCAGCGACCUGUUCUCUCCUAAUGAAAGAAGUUAUGUUAUAACAUCAACUGUUUGUUGGAUUAUUAUGGCUGCUUUGCUUUUCCAUUUGUCCAUUGUGUUUGGUCCUAUCCAAAUGCUCAAAUUAUACUUUGUUCCUUAUUGGAUUUUUGUUAUGUGGUUGGACAUUGUCACAUACUUGCAUCACCAUGGUUAUGAGACGAAACUCCCUUGGUACCGUGGCGAGGAAUGGAGUUACCUAAGAGGCGGACUUACAACUAUUGAUCGCGAUUACGGAUGGUUUAAUAAAAUUCACCAUGAUAUUGGGACCCAUGUUACACAUCACCUAUUCCCUCAAAUCCCACACUAUCACCUAGUAGAAGCAACAAAUGCAGCUAAGCAUGUUCUUGGGAAAUAUUAUCGCGAGCCAGAAAAAUCAGGCCCAAUUCCAUUUCACUUGGCGAAGAUUUUAACUGCAAGUAUGAAAGAGGAUCACUAUGUUAGUGACACAGGAGAUAUUGUGUAUUAUCAGACUGAUUCAAAGCGUCUUACAUUUUAUGAGAAGAUGAAAUCCUCGUAAUCUUUCGAAGUUAAAAUUGUUGUGAAUUGUGAUCAAGAGAUUUUUUUAGUUUAUUAUAAAAUUUACAAUUCCUCUAA